UUAAUGAAUAAAUAAAUGCGGCAGAAUUUGUUUCGAAUUUCUUAUUGAAUGAAUGGUAUUCUACUUGUGUUUAAUAAAAAAAAAUGAUUUUGAACACAAUAAUAAGAUCUCUAUAUCUACUCAAAUACUACUAAUGUAUCGCCUGUAAGAAUGCGCUUAUUCAGAGAAUCACAAGAACGAAAAUAAAGAGGCCUUGACGGGUUAGUUGUAGGAGAGUUUCAGUAUUUAAUACAACAUAAUAAUAAUUUUACUCCUCGCAAACAAACUUAAGUUGUGUACAGCAUUAUUCAUUAGAGUUCAUCUCCAAUGAUUCAUAAGCCUCAAUUGAAACAAUUAUUUUAAGACUCUCCCUCAAGAGCUAAAUAGAAAAUAGAUAGAUUUAAGAAUUGGGACUCUAAACUAGAUAUCGAAUUCUAAUUACAAAAUACAGGGGUAACCAUGAGAAAUGAUGUAGUCUAUCAAUCUGGUGCAUAACUUAAUUAUACUAAAUCAAUCUAAUUUAAUGAGAAACAAUCCAUCAAUUUCAUAAUCAGACAUAUUAUCAUUAACAGCUAAAUUGAAUGCAAUUACAAGAACUGAAUUAACUAAUUUUACAAGAGG